CCUGUUAGGCUCACCUGUAAAUUCAGACAGCAGAGAGGAUAAAAAGGAGCCCUUCUGUGUUUGUCGUCACGUCCGGUCCACAGUCUGUGGUCCGGCCCAAUGUACCUGGAGAAAGUUCUGCUCGCUUUGUAGACGUUUUGUGUUUUGUUUCUUCCUCACGUUGUUUUCUCCAUCAUAGCAACACGAUGCGAGACGUUCACCUGAACAAUGAGACGUGCGGCGGCAACGGGUCUGUGGUGCGUUUGUGGUGUGGCUCUCAGUCCGCAGUGUGUGUGGUCUCUGGGGAUCAACCGGUGUUCAAUACACACCUGGACAACAACAAUCAAACAACAGAUUUACAGAUACACACUUCUUACAACCUGUGGCUGGGUCUGACUCUCGCUCUGCUGUCCGCUUUCCUGAUUGGUGGGAGUGUUAUCCUGAAGAAGAAAGCUCUCCUCCGUUUGGCCAGAAACGGACAAACCAGAGCAGGUGAUGGAGGACACGGCUACUUGAAGGAUUGGCUGUGGUGGGGAGGCCUGUUAACCAUGGGAGCUGGUGAGGUGUGUAACUUUGUCGCCUACAUGUUUGCUCCUGCCACCCUGGUAACUCCUCUUGGCGCUCUGAGUGUCCUCAUCAGUGCAGUUCUGUCGUCCCACCUGUUGGGGGAGAUGUUGAACGUUUGGGGAAGCUUGGUUGUUUGCUCUGCAUACUGGAAGCAUCUUACUGGUUAUCCCGCCCCACAGGAACGGGAAUGA